GAUUUUUACGAAACGUCAUUGCCACGCAUUGAGAGCUGAAAUGUUGACAACCACAGCAACUUCAUUGGAAAUUGAAAUCUCAACGAAAGUCAUACGCAUACAAACAUUUGCACACUCGCACACACAAACGAACAAACGAUUAGUACAUGUAAACAAAGCGACUUACGUUUGGUUGUCUGUAUUUUUGGUAUUGCUGAUUGCUUUUGUUGUGGUUUUUUUUUGUUGAUUUGCUAUAUUUAAAUACGUAAAAGUGUGUGAUUGCAAAAAAUAUUUUCUUUGCGGUCAGCUGAGCUAACGCAAAAUCAGUCUAAUUACGCGACAAAUAGUUAUGACUUUUGAUUGAGUUAUUUCUGCCACACGACCUAAUGUGCAUUGUAUACAAGGGCAAUCCAUAGAUUUGAUCUUCGACCUCCAAGCGAUAAUGUGCAUUUUCUGCUCAAGACUAAUUGCAGUUAAAUGUGUUAUUUGUUGUUGCUGCUUGCAUGACACACCAGUUUUUUCUCUCUGAGUAAAUCACAUCGAUAAGCUGUCAAACAUGCCAACCGUGUGUGGUUGUUGAUAUUACGCUCGAAUUCGACAAUAGCUCCAGGAGAGACAGCAAAAUAUAUUUCAUAACAAAUAUUCAAUUGUUGCGCAUUAAGUCAAAGUGACGCGAAAUUAUCGCAAAGUUUUUUUUGUUGUCAAAUAGGGGCUUGGUUUUCUACGACAAAUAAAAUGGCUGACAUCAACUAUUGGUACUUUGCUAUACCGGUUGCAAGUGUGGCUGUGAUUUACCUUAUUCGGCGGAUUCGUGUUUGGCAGUGGGGUCGCAUUCGCAAUCGUUAUUCAUUGGCCGGCAAAACGUACAUUGUCACUGGAGCCAACACAGGGAUAGGUUUUGAAACAACUAAAGCUUUGGUGAAUCGUGAUGCAACGGUUAUUAUGGCGUGUCGCAGUAUCGAACGAGCAGAUAAGGCGAUUGGAGCCAUUCGGAAGCAUACGAUCAAGGGCACGAUGAUUGCAUGCCAUUUGGAUUUGGCUACGUUCGAAUCGAUUGUUGACUUUGUGCAGAACAUCAAAGAAAACUACCCGAACUUUAAUUGCUUGAUCAACAAUGCCGGACUGGCAACGCCGGACAGCAAACAAACGACAGCUGAUGGUAUCGAAUUGCACUUUGGUACAAAUCACUUGGGUCAUUUCUUAUUGACAAAAUUGCUCCAAGAUCAAAUUCAAGCCAAUCGAGCUCGCGUUGUGGUUGUUUCAUCGUUACUCCAUCAAAGAGGCCGCAUCGAUUUCGCAACACUCGGGAAAUGCGUCGAACCACAGGGAGUUAUUUCCAAAGCCAACAAUUUGCUCUACAACAGUUCAAAGUUAGCCAAUUUUUAUCACGCUCGUGAACUGUACAAGCGUGGAUUUGAUGCCCAUGUUCUGUGCCCUGGUUUGUGCCAUACCGAUUUCUUCAGAGACUACAACCCACGCUGGUACCAUUACAUUAUGUUCGCUCCAGUUGUCUGGCUACUGCUUCGUUCGGCCGAACAGGGUUCGGAAAAUGUCGUCUUUUGCGCUACAGACAAUGUGAAUACCGAUGAGAAAAAUCCAGCCACCGGCUAUUUCGUUCGCAAUUUGAAGCAAACCAAAUCGAAAACACAAUUUGACGACAAAAUUGGCACACGUCUCUGGACCGAAAGUGAGAAAUUCUGCUCAACCAUUUUGCUACGUGAAAUGGGCAAAAUCGAAUGAGUCAGAAUCGAUGAUAAACCAAACAAGGAAUUUGUUCGAAUCAUAAAUAAAUUGCCAGAAUAACAAGAAUAUAGCCGAUGACAUCUCUAAACCAACUCAGUGAAUCAUUGAAUAUUUCGAGCAAUUUUUUUACACCGUAUGUGACUUGACUGAUAUAAUCAACUUUACAGCUGUUAGUGUCGCCGUAAAGUUGAUUAUAUUCGACGAUACACACGAUUGAAACAAGUUGCUCGAAAUAUGCAAUGAUUCAAUGAGUUGGUUUAGAGAUGGCAUUGACUAUAAUGUGGCAGAAGACUUACAUUUAAAAUGUAUUGUGGCAAUCUCUUUAUGGUUCGAAUGCGACAAAUCAAUUCUGGAUAAUGCAAAAACAACUAAUUUUUUCUAUUGAUUUUUUUUAUUCACAUCAUAUUUUACACUUUAUAUUUCAUAUUAGGAGAGGUGUUCACUUUUUUAAAAACUUGUAUUUCAAAAUAAAAUUCUCAGAAAACACUCUUUUUUAGUAGUAAUGAAAAAUAAAUCAUUUUAUCCACAA